AUGAGAAGAAUUCUAGUCUGCGUUCUGUUUUUCAUUUGUCUAUUCUCACCAAGUUGGGUAAAAUCUUUGAGCCCUUCUUUAAAUGAUGAUGUUCUGGGGUUGGUUGUGUUCAAGGCUGAAAUUCAAGAUCCAGAAGGGAAAUUAAGUUCUUGGAAUGAAGAUGAUGAUAGCCCUUGUAAUAAUUGGGUUGGGGUAAAAUGCAACCCUAGAUCCAAUAGAGUCUCUGACCUUGUCCUUGAUGGCUUUGGGCUUUCAGGGAAAUUAGGCAGAGGCCUCAUUCAACUGCAAUUUCUUCAAAAGCUUUCGCUUGUAAGAAACAAUCUUACAGGAUCCAUAAGCCUCAGCUUUUCUCAGCUUUCUAAUUUAAGGGUCCUGGACUUGAGUGAGAAUAGCUUUUCGGGCCCAAUCGAGAGUGAUUUCUUUAGGCAAUGUGGAUCUUUAAGAUCAAUUUCUUUGGCUAAAAACAAGUUUUCGGGGCAAAUUCCUGAGAGUUUAGGCUCUUGCUCGACUCUUGCUUCACUGAACUUUUCAGGCAAUGAGUUUUCAGGACUGUUGCCUUCAGCGCUUUGGUCUUUGCAGGGGCUUAGGUUGCUUGAUUUGUCUGAUAAUUUAUUGGAGGGUGAGAUUCCGAAGGGCAUUGAUGGCUUGAGCAAUUUGAGGGGCAUAAGUUUGAGGAAUAAUCACUUUACUGGUGGUGUUCCUGAUGGAAUUGGGGAUUGUUUAUAUUUAAGGUCAGUUGAUUUGAGCGAAAACUCUCUUUCUGAAGGGCUCCCAAGCACAAUGCAGAAGCUUGCCUUGUGUAAUGACCUGGUUUUGUAUAAAAAUGGAUUUACCGGGGAACUGCCUGAAUGGAUUGGAGAAAUGAGAAGCCUUGAGACCUUGGAGCUUUCUGAAAAUAACUUCAGUGGCCAAAUUCCGGAUGCUAUGGGGAAGCUUCAGUCAUUGAAGGUUCUAAAUUUUUCCAAGAAUGGCCUUACUGGAAGCAUGCCUGAGUCCAUGAGUAAUUGCUUAAACCUUCUGGUUUUGGAUGUGAGCCAUAAUUCCUUGACUGGGAAUCUUCCUUCUUGGAUAUUGAAACUAGGUUUACAGCAAGUUUUGUUUUCAGAUAAUAGAUUAAGUGGAAGCAUGGGCAGUUUUCUUGCCUCGUCGACUGAAAAUUCUCGUAGAAAGGUUGUGAUUUUGGAUGUGUCCCAGAAUAAGUUAUCUGGUGAAAUUCCGUCGGCUGUUGGGGACUUAAGUGGGUUGCAGUUAUUGAAUAUGUCAAGAAACUCACUUGUAGGCAGCCUUCCUGCAAGUAUCGGACAAUUGAAGACCUUGGAAAUUCUGGAUUUGAGCGAAAAUCAGUUACAUGAUAGUAUCCCUUUGGAUAUUGGAAGUGCUACAUCACUUAAGGAAUUGACACUAGAGAAAAACUCAUUGAGAGGCAAUAUUCCUUCCUCAAUUGGGAACUGCUCUUCACUGAUUUCCUUGUCUCUGGCACACAAUGAAAUAAGUGGCUCCAUUCCUACAUCCCUUUCAAAACCUGCCAACCUUCAGAUCGUCGACUUCUCUUUUAACCAGCUUACAGGAACCCUACCGAAGCAGCUGGUAAAUCUUGUCCACCUGCAGUCAUUUAACAUUUCACACAACCAGCUAAAUGGUGAAUUACCUGCUGGUGGUUUUUUCAACACCAUAGCUCCCUCUUCCGUCUCUGACAAUCCGUCCCUUUGUGGGGCACCAGUCAAUAGAAGUUGCCCUACGGUCCUUCCCAAGCCAAUUGUAUUAAAUCCCAACUCAACGGAUGCCACUCCGGGUACAAUCUCCCAAAGCUUUCAUCGUGGAAAGAAAAUUCUAAGCAUUUCAUCCCUCAUUGCAAUUGGUGCAGCUGCUUCAAUUUUUAUUGGUGUUAUUGCAAUAACCGUGCUUAACCUUCGAGUACGUGCCUCCACAUCUCACUCGGCAGCAGCCCUUACCUUUUCUGGUGGUGACGACUUUAGCCAGUCACCUACCACAGAUGGCAAUUCUGGGAAGCUCGUCAUGUUUUCAGGCGAACCUGACUUUAGCACUGGGGCACAUGCUCUGCUUAACAAGGAUUGUGAACUUGGGCGUGGAGGAUUCGGAGCUGUCUACCGGACUAUGCUUAAAGAUGGACGUUCCGUUGCCAUCAAGAAACUCACCGUUUCAAGUCUUGUUAAGUCCCAAGAAGACUUUGAAAGGGAAGUCAAAAACUUGGGGAAAGUCCGUCAUGGCUAUCUUGUGGCACUUGAAGGUUAUUACUGGACUCCAUCGCUACAGCUUCUUAUAUAUGAAUUUGUCUCUGGUGGAGAUUUGUACAAGCACCUUCAUGAAGGAUCUGGCGGGAAAACUCUCCAUUGGAACGAGAGAUUCAAUAUUAUUCUGGGUGCAGCUAAGGGCUUGGCUCAUUUGCACCAAAUGAACAUAAUCCACUACAACUUAAAAUCAAGCAAUAUCUUGAUUGACAGCUCUGGUGAACCUAAGAUUGCAGAUUAUGGUUUAGCCAGGUUGUUACCGAUGUUGGAUCGUUAUGUUUUGAGCAGCAAGAUUCAGAGUGCCCUCGGUUAUAUGGCACCUGAAUUUGCUUGCAGAACUGUUAAGAUAACAGAGAAAUGUGAUGUGUACGGUUUUGGGGUUUUGGUUCUUGAGAUAGUUACUGGAAAGAGACCUGUUGAGUACAUGGAGGAUGAUGUAGUAGUGCUUUGUGACAUGAUCAGAGGAUCAUUGGAAGAUGGCAAGGUAGAGGACUGUGUUGAUGAUAGGCUGCAAGGGAAGUUUCCUGCUGAGGAGGCGAUUCCAGUUAUGAAGUUAGGUUUAAUCUGCACAUCGCAAGUGCCUUCAAACAGGCCGGACAUGGCCGAAGUGGUUAACAUAUUGGAGCUGAUUAGAUGCCCUUCGGAAGGUCAGGACGAGUCAGGAUGA